UAGGGUUAUGGAAUUAAGAAAAUAGUCCAGAGAUGGUCUGGACCACCGCUGGAAAAAAAGAACCGGUUGAUCCCCUUCAUCGAACAAAUUAGGCCAUAGUAGCGUUCAAUGUUUCCGUGCUUCUCUGAUGAAGGAUGCUAACAUUUUUGUAUACAAGCAGGACUAGAAAACUAACUUAUUUUGGCGGAUGUAAGCCUUUAGGAACGCGGUGUGCUCGCCUUGUCGUAUCAUCACCUCAAUUCUUCCUAUAAAUAGUAAUUUCUAAAGAUAUAUCUUUGGUCAAAUGUAUCCCCAAUGUCUGCGUUUUUGUAAAUAACUGGACAAACUGUGACAGGAGCAAGCAGACGGCGGUGUUGUUAGCUUCAGAGCUAACGGUGACCGAGUCAGUCUUCGGUGGCUAAAAAUAUAUCGCUCACUGCGCCACCGAAACUGGUGGGCUUCGGUCCACGCUUGACUCCCGUCUUCGGCUAUCUUUUUCUGGUGACCUUGCUCGGAGUUUGACACUCUACAUGGUCACCACAGCGGGUUCAGGACAAGCGGAAGAGCGAGCCGGACCCCGAGGCUGUGAGCCGAGCUGGCCUGGUCUAACGUUACAUCGUACCGUACGGGCUGCUGGGCUUCAAGUCUCCCGGCGGACCACACUCGGCCACGGCUGAUCGGUGGCCGGAUGACAUUUUGCUGUGAUGGGCUUAUCUUGUCAUCAAUGGUGAUAUAACGAACCUAGGUUCAGCCCAGGGAGACCGAAAUUUUGCGAAGGGAUCAGAGUAAGCGACUUAUUUCAAACUUUCUGAGACUUUCUUGAGCUGCGCACCAUGACGGAGGAUAACAAUGCAGAAAAGUUCAUUAAGGAGGCGUCCAUCUUGGACGAAUACAUCAUUAACUGGACGCAGAAGUUAGGAGCUGGAAUUAGUGGACCCGUCAGAGUGUGUAUGAAGAAGUCGACUCAGGAACGCCUGGCCCUGAAAAUCCUCAUUGAUCGCCCCAAGGCCAGAAAUGAGGUGCGUCUUCACAUGAUGUGUGCCAACCACCCAAAUAUUGUGCAAAUUCUGGAGGUGUACGCCAACACUGUCCAGUUCCCUCAUGAGUCCAGUCCAAGAGCAAGACUCCUCAUUGUUAUGGAGAUGAUGGAGGGUGGCGAGCUCUUCCACAGAAUCAGCCAGCACAAGCACUUUACUGAAAAGAUGGCCAGUCAGGUCACCGAACAGAUUAGCCAAGCGUUGGCUCAUUGUCACUUCCUGAAUAUUGCACAUCGUGACCUGAAGCCAGAGAACCUGCUCUUCAAAGAUAACUCUCUGGACGCGCCUGUUAAGUUGUGUGACUUUGGCUUUGCCAAAAUUGAUCAAGGAGACUUGACAACCCCUCAGUUUACUCCAUACUACGUAGCACCGCAGGUACUUGAGGCUCAAAGAAGACAUCAGAAGGAAAAGUCUGGAAUUAUACCUACCUCACCAACACCUUACACAUAUAACAAGAGCUGUGACUUGUGGUCGCUGGGUGUGAUCAUCUACAUAAUGCUGUGCGGCUAUCCUCCAUUCUACUCAAAGCACCACAGCCGCACCAUCCCUAAGGACAUGAGGAAAAAGAUUAUGACGGGCAGCUUUGAUUUCCCAGAAGAUGAGUGGAGUCAGAUUUCCGAGAUGGCUAAGGACAUUGUACGCAAGCUACUGAAAGUAAAGCCAGAGGAGAGGCUGACUAUUGAGGGAGUCUUGACUCACCCCUGGCUGAACUGCACCGAGGCCCUGGACAACGUGCUGCCGUCUGCACAGAUGAUGAUGGACAAGUGUCUUUUAAGUGCCGAUGAGACUGCUGCUGUCAGAGGACUGGGCGAGCAGAAGGCGGUGGUCGCAGGUAUCCAGCAGGCCCACGCAGAACAGCUUGCCAACAUGAGAAUUCAGGAUGUGAACGUCAGCCUGAAGCCUCUGAACUCUGUCAACAACCCAAUCCUCAGGAAGCGGAAACUGCUGGGCCCCAAGCCCACGGACAGUUUCUUCAUUCAUGACCCAGAGAACGAAGGGGAAGACUCGAACGUAGCGCUGGAAAAAUUAAGAGAUGUCAUAGCACAGUGUAUACUCCCACAAGCUGGAGAGAACAAAGAUGAGAAGUUAAAUGAGGUGAUGCAUGAAGCCUGGAGGUUCAACAGAGACUGUAAGCUGCUGAGAGACGGCCUGCAGGGUCUCAGCUGGGAUGGGCGGUCUUUUUCCGAUAAAGUCGACCGCUUGAAGUUGGCAGAAAUAGUGAAACAGGCCAUAGAAGAAAAGACGAAUCUUCAAGAUUCUCAUUAGCCAAUGCUGACUCUAUCCUCUUUUUUUUUUAGUUUUUUUAUUGUUUGUUAUGAAUCUUUUUAAUCCAUAUCUGUAAAGACUGUUUUAUGUCGACUGAUGUUCCGUUUUUUUGCCUCCAUAAUUUCUCUUGUAAAACCUAUUGUUGACCUAUACUGGAAGAGCUACUGUACAGCUGUACAUACAUUUCAAAGGAUUUGUUGGUACUAUCAUUUUUUUUUAUGGACAAUUGCAAAGAACUUGGAAAAAAAAUAUAUUUUCAUUUUUACAAAAAAAAAAACGAAAGAAAUCUGUGAAAGAAAUUAUUUUUUGGGAGGGAAUUUUUAUUAGCUGCUUAUGGAAAAUGUCGUGUUUUAUCCCAAUCACUUCAUUUCAUCCUUUUUUUUAAUUAAUUAUACUCAUUGUAAGAGUUUUAUUUAUUUAAACUGAAAAUUCCAAGAUUUUAUAUCUUUCAUGUAUCUUGAUAGCGGUUCUAAAGUUUGGAGAAGCUGUCUAUGAUGUGACCUUUGUUCUUCCACUCUGCCUGCAGGUAUAUGUAGAUAAUAGCCAUUGUUUCUUUUGUAUCAAACUUCCUUAACAUUUCUAAUAUGUAGGACAAUGAGGCAUGGGAAUAGAAGUAAAAGAAAAUCUCAGAGCAGAGAACUGCACUGUUAUUUUAGGUUUUCACCAGACUUUAACCCAUUCAGGCCGAAGAUGCAUUUAAAACGAUUGUUUUUAAAACAUUAGCGUCCCAAAAUCAGAGGGUUAAAAAACAAGCUUCCUCCCAUCGUAAUUAGUGGACAAAACCUUUUGUUAAUUUAUUUUUCUCCGCCUCUGAAAAAAUACGAAAUCUAAGCUACAUGAACACCAAAGGUUUGCCUUUUAUUGUAAAUCAGCAACUUUGCUCGGAGUCUAAAAGUGAGAAUCUCGGAUAUGUUGUGGGAUAAGGAAAGGAGAUUUUUUUUUUACAUUUUCUUAAAAUUUUUAUAAUUGACAAUUCAGUCUUUUAUUAUUCAAACCUUAAAGUUGCCUCAGCCUUUUUUAGAUAACACUACCGAAUACUCAAAGCUUCUGAAGAGAAAUUGUUUCACCUGCUGUCGAUCUCAACAAUAUAUCCACCCUGAUAAAAUGCCAGUUUUUGUGAUGUAAAAAACGAGACCAGAAAAAACCUUGAAUGUCUUUAUUCUGACAUAUAACAUGUACAAUUUAGCUACUUAAAAACAAACCUAUCUUUUUUUUGGGGGGUGAGUAUAAAAUAAAAUAGCUGGUGGCUUAA